GGCGGUUUAUCUUUGGUGAAAAUUCGAAUUAUUUGGCGCUAAAACCCUAAUCCCCAUUUCCAUCUUUACCGCUCCCCACUUUGAAUAAAAUAAAAUCCACUUUUUUGUUCUUCAGUAUCCUCUCAUCCCCAUUUUGAUCCAACAGAUUCAUGGAAAGCGAUGACGAUUAUCAGUCCUUUUACAUGCCGGAGGAGGUCCGCCGUCCCAGGUUCAAACGUUUAAAGAAAGCCUCCAAAAAUCAACAUCCUCACUUCUUUGACUUUCCUAAGGUUGAUUUUUCCAAAGUGGAAGCUUUAGAACAAGAUGAGAUGAAAGUUGGAUCUGUUUCUGAGGAAAAGGGCGGUGAUAGUACGGAAGAUUCUGCUCAACUCCUAUCACGUGAAAUUGACAUCAGAUUUUCUGAUGAGAAGCAUAGUGAGGACUUUGAUGACAAACAUGUUCAGCACUGCAAAGAGGUUAAAAGAUCUCUAGAAUUUGGCCAGGACCAUGAGCAGUCUCAUGGCAAACAACAUAGAGAAAUUGGGGAAGAUUUGGUAUCUGAUGAUGUGUCAAAAGAGAUUCAUGAAGAGAUUGGGGGAAUUGACCAAGUGAAUAUAGAGAAAUUGGGAUUACAACUGGAUGACAAAAAGAAAAUGAAGAAGAAGAAGAAGAGAUCUAAAGGCGACUUUGAUAGAGAACUGAAGUCUAAAGAACUGGCUUCGAACAAAAGAAGAGAAGAAAAGGAAAAUAAAGCAUUUCUUCAGCAGCUUCAUGUUGAUACUCAGCGAUUAUUGCGAGAAAGCAAGGAUGCAACAUUUAAGCCAGUACCAGUUGUACAUAAGCCAAUAUCCUCAGUGCUGGAGAAGAUUCGGAAAAGGAAGCUUGAAAUCACGAAAAACAGGACCACGAUGCUAAUCAGCAACAGUUCCAUUCACAAAUUUAGUGCUGCAAGAGAGGUGACAAUGGAAGUAGACGCAAAGAGCGCAUACUCUGAAGAGCCGAGAGUUGACAAACUGGAGAUAGAGAUGGAUGGGGAAGUGGAUGCACACGGCACAGAAACGGGCAGGACUACAGGUGCCUCCAAAAUUGAUGGAAUUUCAGUACCUUCAAUAAAGAGAAGCAGUGAAAUUGUUCUUGAUGAAAUGGCUUUGGAUGAAAGGCCCAAUGCUGUAUUUAGAGCUCCUGUUGAUGACACUCAGGAUCUAUUUGAUGAUUCUGAACCAACUGGCAGUAAGGAUGAGAUACUUGAUGACCUGGCCUCUAGUCCUUCAGAAGAAGUAAUGGCACCGUCUCUCCUUGCUUUGAACUUGAAGUUUGAUUCUGUCCCUCCAGAUGAAAGAAGUUCAUCAGAUGAGGAGGAUAAUGACAAGGAGAAUAUUAGUCCGUAUAUAAUAGGUGGCAGCGGCAGCAAUUCUCCAAAGGGAGACCCUGUUAAAGCAUUUGUUGAUGAUGAAGCAGAGGAAGAAGAUGACAGUGAUAAUGACCUAAUCCGGUUUGGUGAUGAUGAAGACGAUGAUGAUAUUGAUGAUUCUGCUGAACGCCAUGAUAUUAUUGCCACUGAUUACAAAGAAAAGGUAAUUGAUAAUGAAAAGCGGAAUGAACUUCAUCAAAAGUGGCUUGAGCAGCAGGAUGCAGCUGGAACUGAAAAUUUGCUGCAACGGUUAAAAUGUGGUGUACAACAAAAAGAGACGAUGUCGGUUGAUGAUGAACCAGAAUGCGAAGAGUGUGAAGAAGAGGUCAAUGGCAUCGCUGACAUGGAUGCAGUACCUAAGAGUUCUACUCGGUUGAGUUCAAAAAAAGCUAAGCAAAUAAUAUUCCAGAUGUUUGUGGAUAAAGAUGACAUAUUCUUAUCUGAUGAAGACGAGGAAACUGAAAAGAGGGUUGUCAAGCAGCGCAUUCUUUAUCACCCUGAGGUUACAACUGUAGCGUCGCCUAUUGAGGAUGAAAGUUCCAGUGAGAUAUUUGGACUAAUAAAGAAGCUUAAUACUGUGCCGGAUAAGAGAAAACCAAAAGCAUCGUCGUUCUUUGAUACAGUGCUAGGGGAUCAAAAGAAAAAAAGCUCUUUGAAGUCCUCUUUUCUUGGACGAGUUACAAAUCAUCUUCCAUCAUCCCAUAAACAAAGUUCAACUGUAGUUCGUUCUUUCAUCUUUGGACGGGAUGACAGCAAUAGCCGAAGCUCAGUGUCGAUGUCAGAGGAUUCUUCAGAUAUGGUGGUGAAAGAAAACCUUCGAAACAGGAAUAGUACAACUAAGUUUGGAAGCUUUCAGGCCAAAUCAAUUAGUCAAGGUAAAAAUGCUGCUGCAGGAACAACAUCAGCUGGUGCUCCCUUAUUUGAGAUAUUAAAGCGAUCUUCAGCACCAUCUAAUGUAUGCUCUCGAGAUGUUUUGCUUGACCUUCCUAAACCUCUGCUUGCUGAUCUUAGAGUUUCAAAGAGGUCCAAGGCAGAAGAGAAAAUAUAGUUGAUUUGUUUGUGUUUUUUCUUUAUCGUUUCUCUUUUCUCUUUCUCCAGAAAUCAUGGAAGAGUAUUGUGAGUCAUCUGAAAACAGUGAGAGGGGUGCCAGUUCAAAUUUUUUAUUUUGUUUGUGUGAAUAAUACCUUUGUCAAUGGAAGCGGAAUUAAAAGAAUUCAGAGUGAGAGAAAGAUGUAUUUGAAAGAGGGAUGAUUUUAUUAUGAGGGAAAGCCCUCUAUUUAUACACAAAAACAUUACAUCUUUGGCCAAAAUGGCUGACACUUACUUUA